AUGCGACGCCACCACCACCACACCAUUACCAGACUCCACUACAUCACAACCAGACACCACCACACCACACCACAUCACACCACACCACACCACGGUAUCCUUGGCGACCCGACCUGUCCAGCCCCGCCAAGUCCCUCCGACACCCGCCCCGUCUCUAAGCUGAAAUCCCCCGAGAUGAGCGCUCUGUUGAUGCGUCUGGGCCCCGUCAGCAACUGGACCAAAGAAAACAUAGAGAAGUUCGGGGAGACUGGCCUAAACCUUCCCGUGUGCUUCGACGACACAGGCAACAAGGAGGUGCUGCAGAAAGUACUAGACAAGGUGAACAGGUGCGAGACGACCAGAACCACCGGCUGCCCGCAGUUUGAAAACCUCGAGGAGAUCCGCUGGCCGGUCACCUGGAAGAUAAUGGGGCCGCCGAAGAAUUGGAAGUCCGAUGCGUUGGGAGACGUGAAGAUUUCCGAAAUACCGGACUUCAUGGUUAACCAAGUCGACGAAGACUUCGUGAAAGGCAUCAAGGCAAAGCUGAUCGAGCAAGAGGAACUCCCCACUCUUGAAUACCAGGCGAAGGCUGAGGCGUGGAUGGCAGCACUGUGCAAGACGGAGAACUGCAAAGACAUGUCAGCGGAGAGCACGAACAUGUGGCUCAAGAACCUUUCCAAACUGCGGAGCGCCGUCACCCCCUCGGACGUUUCUCCCGCUGCCAGGAAGAACAUGACCCUCAUGGAAGAGCUCGAGAGAAACGCACUUGCUAAAAAGAAAAUAAGGGCAGAGGACGCUGCCAUCCUGCUGGAGAUGAAGAUCCAGAUGAAGAACCAGACCUUGAAACAGAUAGGGGGGAAGCUGGCGGCGUGGGCACCUGCGGGAUACCUGGCGGACAAGGCAGAGAAAAAGGAACUGGCGGCGGUGCGAGGCGAGCUGGCGUCUACUCUGGACAUGGUGCGGGGCCCGGAGUAUGAAGCGAAGGUGAGAGCCGCCAUGAAAACUGAAAUGGAGGCGGCGUACUCCAGCGCGAAUGACUUCUCGAUAAGCAGCGUCAAUGACUACCUCGAGCCCUUCCUGAGGCCCAAGCUGCUCGUGGACCAGAGCUCAGGGACGCUCCUCAACUUGGUGAAGAACGCUGACAAGAAAUUCAUCAACCUCGACCCUUAUCAGAUGAAAGUGAUCGCUUCCAAGGACCUCAGCACUGCCUUCCUGGCUGAAAUAAACCGGGACUUGGCUGGAGUGACUCUGCCGUACCAGGCUGUUAAGGAAAAUAAAGGAGUGUUCCAGGAGUGUCCAGUGACGCGUAGAAGCACUGAGAGUGGGACAGUUGGUGUAGCGUCCCUGAAUCCCUGCAGGUGCUUGCUGGGCGCCAAGAAAAUAUUUUCCGUCAAGACAACUUUAACGAAGACCGAUAUCCAGAGCGGCAAGGCGUUCCUGCAGUGCAUGUCAUACGAGGACGCCAGCAAGGUGGACACGAGCGAGAUAUUCAACGUUCUGGAGGAGGUCACCGAGGACGACUUAUCCUGGGCAGCCCACCAGUACCUCGGGGAAAUAUCCAAGAUUCCGGCUUGUAUCCUCACCUUGUUUGAGCCAGAAUUGUACGACCUGAACCCGGAGAAGAAGAAGGCAAUCCUAAACAACCUGUGCAACUCCAAGAAUUACUUCACCAUCCCGAAGGAAGCGAGAGGCAAAAUAGUCAACCAGCUUCUCGCAGACAUCAGACGAGGCUGGGGAAAAGUAGCGGCCUAUGACGGACCCAUCACUCAGUGCAGCGUGAAUAAACUAAACUCGUGCUUGUUCGACCUCAACCGUGACAUGCUGCGGAAAAUGGACGAGGCGGCAACGGAGGAAUACAUCCAAUUGCUUGAGACGUCCUUAAGGCAGGGAAUACCCGACUGUGUGAACCAGGACACGAUGGACGAGGUGGCGGAGAUGAUCAUCAGGAUUAAAGGGUCACCGAGAAACUGGAAGACUGCUGAUAACGUGAGUUGCAUCUUGGACACUUUCUCCUCCGAGGGCAUCAGUCGCAUCGCCUCUGAGCUCCCGGCUGAUGUGCUGAUCACCACCGGCUGUCCCCAGCGCUCCAACCAGUUCAUGUCCAUACCGAAACACUGCAAGGACGCGAGCAUGAGAGCGAUGAAGGCAAUGAAGAGCAGGAAAACUGAAAAGUGUAUCGAACGGAGGGGAACUCUGGGCACGGGGGACAGCAUGCGCGACUCCAUGAUGUGUGGCAACGCGGCGCGCAUGACACAGUCGCAGCUGGAGAGGAUGAAGAAAGAGGACGUUAUGAAGUACCUAGACAACCUGGUGACCGAGGACCUGGGCACGGGGGAGGCCAAGGUGAUUCUGACCAAGGUGAAGGAAAACAAGGAACUGAAGGACAUGAAUGGCGAGGAGCUGGCGAGGCUGAAGAACUCGUGGGAGGGCCUCACUAAGCAGGACGUGGGGAACCUGCCCACACUUACAGCCACGGAGAACCUCGAGGUCUUGUACCAGCUGGGGAUGACCAAGAUGCUGCCUGACGAUGUGAUGGUCGCACUGCGGGACAAGAUCAUCGCGGAGAAGCAGCCUGAGGAAAUGACUGACAUGGACGUGUUCCUUCUAGGGGAUAUUGUGUGUCACUUCAACCAGAGCCAGACCAGCAAAAUUCCCAAGGACGUCAUCAAGAAGAGCAUGAGACAUCUGGGCAUGCGUGACUGCAAGACCCAAUAUGGGACACAAAAUCUGGCGGAGGCGGUGAAAGCGGCGUAUGGAGACGUCAAGGACUUCGAUGCUGCUACGGUACACGAAAUGAACCGCUUGGUCAGUGGGCUUAAACCAGAGGACCUUUCUGCCCUGUCUGGGGACGCCUACGUGGGCUUUACGGCGGAGGGUAUCGAGCAGAUUGAGCCUGACACCCUAAAGGUGAUGACUGUAGCGCAAGCCAAUAAUCUGGAUGGCAAAACCGCCGCCGCCGUCACCUCCGAGCAGGUCAGGGUCCUUCCUAGCGAGGUAAAAAACGCCCUGAGCAGCGCCAAAUCGGAGCAGCUGCGUCGCUCCAGUGCCUCGGGAUUGUCAAUGCCCGGGGUUAUGGGUGCUGUGGUCGCCGCCGUGCUGUUCCUGCUCUAGGCUCCGUCAUGAGGAUAGGUGUCGGGUGUGUCCACGGGGCGCCUCAUGAGUGGUGCAGCCUGAAAUUCAGCGCCAUGUGAUCUCAGCCCCUUCAGGAGGUUGGAGAGCCACGGAAGCUUCGAUCUGUCACUCUUGUCCGUUUUCUUUGAGUCUAACAAGGCGAGAACGUGACGCAAGCGGUCCUUGAAGCGUCCAGAACAACGAUUACUACUACUACUACUACUACUACUACUACUACUACUACUACUACUACUAUUACUACUACUACUACCACCAUUACUACUACCACUACUACUACCACUACUAGUACUACAAUUACUACCACUGGGGAAUAUAACGAAGUGGACAAUCCUGAUAACUGAGUACUGACACCUCCAUCCUACACACCCACGCUCGGCCACCCAAAUCCGUGUAGCUCCUUCGUAUGUUUGUACUUCAAAGUGCCUUAGUAACUCCUGACGCAGCCGCAUGAUUGAGAUGCGGCUGCGUCAGGAGUACUUCUUUCUUGCCUUGUUUCUCAUGUUUCUUGUAUCGUCUGCGGUAGGCGGGAAGAAUGCACCUUAUUUUCUUCGUAUCAUGAACGGCGACUGAAAGGAACAAGGCAAGGAGACUGAGAACUCCUCCUCUUUGUAUUUUUAUUCCCACACUGAGGUAAAAAGUGAUGUCUUGUCUGGGUUCUCUCUCUUCACAGGAGGAUCGCAGCUUAGUACAUGGAUAGACAGAUGCUCCUUGUGAUUUCUUAGUGAUUUUUUUAGGUCAUAGCCGUAAAACGUUUAGUGCAGUACAGAUAUAAGUACAUGCAGUGCCCAGCGUCAUCUAGCGGGCCCUGAUUCUGGUUUUGCAAAUUGCGCCCGGGAGAAACUUCGCUGUUUUGUUUACUAUGAGUGAAGUGAACUUUGACGUAACUUGCCUUUCUGUCCUGAUGUAAGAGAAGAGAUAAUGAACAUACAAAAGGACAAAAAUCACACAAAUAAAAAAGGGAAACAAAAAAAGAAAGACACAAAAAAGACAAGAAACAAGGAAAAAUCUGAAACACACACACACACACACACACACACACACACACACACACACACACACACACACACACACACACACACACACACACACACACAC